CCGUCAAAUUGUAAACAUUGUACGGAUGUGAAAACAUGUUAUAUUUGCAAUGAUGGUUUUCACCUCUAUAAGUUUAAUGACAGUGUUAAAUGUGUGUCAUGUUCGCAAGAAUCGCAAUGUCCGGACUGUAUUAUUCAAGGAUGUAACCAGUGUCAAAUACACAAUGGUUCGUUAGUCUGCGCUGAUUGUCCAGAAGGACAAAUAUUCAAUGGUAAAACAUGCGGGUCACACACAUCAUUGUGCUCUAAAGAAUGUUCUACGAAUUGUGAUAAUUCUGGAAUAUGUCAAGGAGAAUGUAAUGAGGGCUGGACUGGUGAGAAAUGUUCAAAACAAUGUAACAGCAAGUGUUUAAAGUGCUCAAAAGAUAACGGAAAUAGUUGUAUACUGUGUGUUGGUCAUUUUUACUCAUCCGAUUGCAGUUUAGCCUGCAACCCAUCAUGCUUAGUACAACGUGGUAAACGUACAUGUGAACAUACCAACGGAUAUUGUUUAAACGGAUGUAACCAAACAUUUUGGGGCGAUACUUGUGAGCAACCUUGUCCUGAUGGAUGUAAAGAUCUUAAAUGUGAUAGAAAAAACGGUACAUGUACGGAUGGAUGUAAGGAUGGAUUGAUUGGAGAUAAUUGUACUCAAACUACCACUUCUGAGAUAACAACUAGUCAAACAAGAGCAAGUUCACAACAAACUUUAACAAAGGGUACACAGAUGGCAGUACAAGAAAAGAAAGAAAGCAACGAACUUAUCAUAGGUGCAUCAGCAGGAGGAGGCGUUCUAAUCUUGAUACUGAUCAUAGUGGGAGUUUGUUUGCUAAAACGAAGAAAAAAAUCCCCGAGGGAAGAAUCUGGUCAACAUGAGGCAGUUAGUACAGAAGAUCAAAAUGUUUAUGCAAAACCAAUGAAGAAAACGGAAGCAGUUGAAGAAAUUCAGGACUACAUAUAUGCACAACCUAACAAAACACACAAGUUCAAGAAACCUAUUACGAGAGAAAUUGGCAAACCAAAACCAAUGUAUGAUAAUUUUGCCAUAGACUUAGAUGAUAGAAAAACUGUCUCAGAUGGUACGUAUUCCACUAUCACUAUUGAUGGAGAUCUUGAAAACAAAACAGAAGAAGAAACGGAUGUUGAUGAAAUAGAAUUAGAAGAAUUAGACGAAGGCAGUUCUAAACUUAUCGAAAAAGAAGUAAAUCCACCGAGUGCUGAUUUGUAUUACAAUACAGCGAGUCUACUUAGAACCCGGAUUCAAAUAUCUGAUCUACUUGAAUACACCAGGAAGAAGACUGAUUAUGAAGAUGAGUUUGAGAAAUUACCCAAAGGUUUGACAAGGCCUUGUGACGAAGCUCUAACGCGGUAUAAUCGCAAGAAAAAUAGAUACAACGGAGUAUAUGCAUAUGAUGCAACUCGUGUUGUCUUAAAAAGUAAAACUUACAUCAACGCAAAUUACAUUGAUGGACACAAGAAGUCACCAGAGUACAUAGCUUCCCUUGGACCAACCAAGGAUGCAAUGAAUGCUUACAAAGACUUUUGGGAGAUGAUAUGGGAAGAAAAAACAGAUAAAAUUAUAAUGUUGACCAAUCUAGAUGAGUCUGGGAAAAUGAAAUGUGAGCAGUACUGGCCUGAUCAAGGGAAAACUAAGAAUUACCAUGGAUACAAAGUGGUGUGCAUUGCUGAGAAAAUAUUUUCAGAAUUCACUAUAAGGGAGUUUUCUGUUAAUGUGCAGGGUUCUGGAUCAAGAAAAGUGACACAAUAUCACUAUACCGCUUGGCCUGACCGAUCCGUUCCAGAUAAUGUUGCCUCUCUGGUAGAAUUUAGGAACAAAGUUGGACAAACAAAGUCAGACGAUGCUGGCCCUAUAGUGGUACACUGCAGUGCAGGAAUCGGAAGAACUGGAACCUAUAUCGCAUUGGAUACACUUAUACAGGAAGGCAAGAAUGAUAAUUAUGUUGACAUUUUUGGUCGUGUGAUGGCGCUACGUGGACAAAGAGGCCACAUGGUGCAAAACUUGGAACAGUAUAUAUUUCUUCACCGAUGUCUUCUGUAUGCCCUCACGUGCGAUCCCGAUCCACUUCCGGUCACACAUAUUCCUCGUUUGAUGACAGAUGAUAAAAUAUCACAUCAAUUUCAGACAUUUACUGAUGUUGUUAUGCCGACAGACUUCGAUGGGAAAUCAUCUAGGAACAAGAAAAUAAGGAAGGAAAAUAGACACGGAGCUGACAUUCCUGGCGAUGAUUACAGAGUGAGACUGUCAUCAACAAAGCAUGACUACAUCAAUGCUGUUUAUGUAAAUGGAUACGAAAAUCCAUACAAAUUUAUUGUUACACAGACGCCAAUGCCGAAUACAGUUGAAGACUUUAUAUCGAUGCUUUAUCAAGAAAAAUGUGCUUGUGUCAUUAGUUUAGACGACGAAAACCUGAAAGAUAAAUCCGUUGGACAUUAUCUACCGCAAGAUGGAAAGGCGUUCAAAGUUGGUCAUUUCCAAGUAACUUGUAAGACGGUUGACACAACGGAUUAUGGUACAAUACGGGACAUGACAAUAUCGCGCACUGGAUUGCACCUUUCUGGAGGAGAGCUGCAUUUGAAACAUUACCGGUAUAACGGAUGGAAUCAGUCAGAAAAGGUCCCAUCUAUGGUUGAGCCGUUUUUAAAGCUGGCCAAGGAUGUUGAGAAUGAGGUCAAAGGUCAAAGAGAAGAUAGACCAAUCGUAGUUCAUUGCUUAACUGGAGCUGAACGAAGCUGUUUACUUUGUGCUAUCUCUAUCAUAUCAGAAAAGUGUUUCUUUGAGAAAGAAAUUAGUGUCCUAAAUACCAUUUGUCAACUGCGUUCAAGGAGGAAAUCAGCUUUUACCGACAUUUCACAAUUCAGGUUUUGCUACCAAUCUGUAAAAUAUCUGGCUGAGAUUUCCGAAAAGAAGAAAUACUAUAAUAUGAACGAGUUGUUGUGAACAAUGGUUGAAGAAAUUCGUCUUUAUUGUCAAUUUAUUACUUGUCCAUUUUUACACAAAUAUGACACUUGUUAAAAGGCUGAAAAUGCUAAUAUUUUUAUGUUUCAAAAGCUUUUUUUGUCGUUUGGUGUCCUGUUGCAAUCUCUGAAAAGAAAUAUUUCUCAUUGGCCAUACAUAAAGUUUAGCCAUAUUGUUUUAGUGUUGUUUUGGCAAAAAUCAGUUAUAGUCUUUUGGUAUUUUAUAUGAAAAUCAAAAUGCAAUUUUGGUUACAUUUUCCUAACUUAUAUUUAAAAAAUAUCUAACCCCUUCGAGCACCGUUUUCUUCAGGUGAUAUGCAUCUUACAUGUUCUUAAUUAAAUUUUACAACAUAACAAUGCCUUUUCUUCGUUUAUCAAUGUAAAGGACAUUUACACUGUUCAGUACUGUGAAGUUUUGAAAUAUUGUUAUAACGGUUUUCUUACAAGUUUUUGUUUAAUAAUCUAAAGUCGCACGUAUUUGUAAUUUUCGAUGCAUUUAGCUUACAGUAUGCAUUUGUGUGCUUAAUAUAAACAUUUCGAUUUUAUUUUACUAUGUUCGGUCAUAUUAUUUUAUUAAUGAAAAGCAUGUUACUAAUUUUCUUAUUGAAUAUUUAAAACUAUAUAUUUCAAUGAUAUAAUAUAAGACUGUCUCAUUUCAUGCAAAUUAAUUUUCA